AUGUCGGCGACUAUACUUGGCAACCCUACAAAUUCUGAUAUUCCCGAGAAUCAGAACAAUGCCAGUAGCAAUCAUUUAGUCGGCGGAGAAAUUCCUCAUGAAGUUCUGCGUUCUCUGUAUCUCAAAGAUGUGACAGCCAACGGUCAAACAGAAGGGCUUGUCGCCUUCACGAGGGCUCAGGAAGACUUCCCAGCUGUCAAACGAUUGAACCCAUUGAAUAAGAAGCGUAUCUUGGUAACUGGUGGCGCCGGCUUUGUUGGAUCUCAUUUGGUGGAUCGCCUGAUGCUCAUGGGGCACGAUGUUAUUUGCGUCGACAAUUACUUCACCGGUUCGAAGGUGAAUAUCGUGCAUUGGAUUGGCCAUCCAAAUUUUGAAAUGAUACGGUAUGCAAGGAGAAAAACUACUCUCUUCUCAUUCAAAGCCGUAUAA